AUGCUCUAUACCAUCUCAGAUGAAUUUGGAGGAUUCCAAACGUCGUCUUGGAUUGUCCUCGCCUAUACCCUCUCUUAUUUCGGCUGCGCUGUAUUCAUCGCCCGAGUAUCCGAUGUGAUUGGCAGGAAAAUCACCCUCUUCGCCUGCUUUCUCAUCUUCCUUGCCGCGUCAAUGGCGUAUGCAGCUUCCAAGAAUCUCAAGCAACUGAUCGGUUUUAGAGCUGCCCAGGAUUCCGCCAGUGCCCUGCCCGUCAUCUCAUCCGUUGUCGGAGUCAUCGUGGCGUUGGCGGGUAUCAGCGGACCCCUCAUAGGUGGGCAUUUGAUCACUUAUACCUCCUGGCGAUGGGCAUUCUGGAUUAAUUUCUAUGCUGUGAAGAAUGCCUAUUUUAAGCACCUCGACUACCUUGGGACGCUGCUGAUCAUGCUCGGCAGCGUUCUGUUGGUGUUCAUUCUUAAUCAAGCGGCCAUCCGGGUCUAUGCGCGGAAGAGUGCUCCCGUCAUCGUAAUCCUUGUGAUUUCUGGUCUUGCAUGGAUAACAUUGGUCUGCUGGCAGUGGAUCGUGUCGUGGCAUGCCAAACUCCGGCACCUUCGUCCUCAGUUGCCGUUCCGACUUCUGACUGAUAGAGUCAUGGUGGCGGGAUUCCUGAGCACCCUGCUGACAGGAUUCGUCAUGCUUCUCGUCAUCGUCAACAUCCCGCUCCGCGCAACUUUCGGCUCGGGAUUGGGGGGUGCCGCCUCGGCGAAAAGGAACAAUACCUUCUGCACUUUGAACCUGGCGAGCGUUUUCAUGCUCAUCGGCAGUGCCGUUUUGUCCACACUUCCUGAUUCCGUGGAUCCUGUCCCGAAGCAAUAUGGAUUGGAGGCGAUCGUGGGCUUCGGCCUGGGACUGAGUCUAUCCACAAUGACCUUCCUCACGUCCAUGCAAGUCGAGUUUGAGGACCACGCCAUUGCGCCGGCAGUCGUUGCACAGCUGCGGAUCUUCAGCAGCAGCAUCGGCACCACAGUCAGUUUCAUCAUCUUCAACCACAAGAUUCAGGAGGCGCUCACGGGUGAUAAAACUGGUACGGAAUGUUUGCGCUGUCAGCGAUCAGGGCGGAAGUGUGUUCCAGCACCAACGAAGCCGGAGGAGGUCACUUUCCGACACGGUCAGAACCCAUCUCUAAGGCCAAAAGGUCCCCCUCGCUAUGGAGAGAGUGACUUGACUUUCCCCGAUGACCAGGUUUGGGUCAAGACUCCCCCAGAAGUCGAUUUCGAAGACGAGACCGACCGCACGGCUGCUGAUUAUCAUGUUAUUCCGGUAGAAACGCCAACAUCCUUUCUGGAGGCGCUGCCUGAAGGUCGAUCAUCAUCUUCUGGCGCAGCAUUCCCUUCGUCAGCGAUCGUCAACGCUGUGAAUCCUUCUCCUUCUCCAAAUAUUCCACACAGGUCGGGAAUUGCAGAACAAUUUACGCCCAAUGUGACCGAUUCUCUUCUACCCCCAGAUGCUCUGGUCAGCCGUCAGAAACUGGCCAGUUUCAAUGAAGCCUUCCUUCUACGACAUUUCCGAAAUUCCUUGGGUGCAUGGCUGGACGUGAGCGACCAUGAAAUGCAUUUCUCUGUAGACGUGGUGGAACGGGCACCCUCCUGUCCACUCCUUCUCUACGCGUGUUUGGCGAUAGCGGCUCGUCACCUCUCCCACACGAAGAACUCGGUACCUCCGAAUAUCGCAGAUGAAUAUCACGAAAAGUGUAUCGCGAUCCUUCUUCCAGCGCUAGAGAACAGAAACUUCAGCAUCAGUAUCGAGGUUGUCCUCGCUUCGACUGUGAUAUUGCGCUUCUUUGAGCAGAUUUCUUCUCACGCUCCCUCCAACGAUCAGCAGCGACACCUCCUAGCCGGAUCAGUUUAUUUCAGCUCUCAGGUCGACUGUGCAAUCUCUGGAGGCCUCGCGGAGGCAUCUUUUUGGGUCUUUGUUAUGCAGGAUAUUCAGUUUGCGCUUUCGCACCAGAACCCCCUACGGCUGACGCUCAGCCCCUUUGAACAAAGCCUUUGCCAAAUGUGGGAGAGCAAGAACUCACUGGCUGAGCGAGAUUGGACGCACCGGGCUACCUGGCUUCUAGCUGAAACCAUCAAUUUCUGCUAUGGCGCGAAUCACCAAAUGCGCUUAGACACAGUCGAUGGUGACGAAUUGAAAAGAAAGAUCCGAACGUGGGAGUUAGAGAAGCCAGAAACUUUCCAACCAUUACAUUUCUCUCAUGCCGACCCGCAAAACCACAGGCCGUUUCCCGUGAUUUGGUAUACGACGCCUUUACAUGCUACCGCGAUACAGCAUAUCUGUAUGGCCAAGGCUCUGCUGUUGGAGCAUGAACUACACCAGACGCAUACUGGCAACGCAGAACAUAUCGCGAGGAGGAUCAAGGAUGAUAUCAUGACGAAUCUCGGUAUUCUCUUCGGUAUUGCCCUCUCAACCGAUGAUGACCCGUCAGUACGCAUCAUGGCCUGCCACGCCCUCUGUGCCUGCGGUUCAUGGAUCCUCGAUCCUCUGGCACAAAAUUGCCUCCUUGCUCUGCUUCGCAAAACAGAGGCAGAAAACGGUUGGCCGUGGGCAUUCGAGGUGCAAAAGCUCAGCCACGACUGGGGCUUCACCGCAACAUGA